AUGCAUCCUUACCAGUCUCUCGUCGCCUGGCUAUCUCUCAGGUUCUCCAAUGCCACUUUCGCCUCGAUUCCUUUUCCAUCAACAAUUCAACCCAGUAAUGCUAAUAACACACAAUGUCAAAUAUACCCAACUACCAUUGAAAGCUGGAACCAACUUGAAGUCGACCAGUUCCUUGCAAAUUUCCCCGGGGGAAAAGAUACCCCAUUAGAUGAUUUCAUCUUUGGAAGUCAUAUCACCAACUUCGCAUGUGGUUUGGGUGAGAAUUGUCUGGCAGGGCAACAAUGCUUACCCUUUCAGGGCUCCCUCUGGUUCAUGCUUUACUCUCUGCAAGAAUGGAACCUCUACGUGAAUUCCUUAUAUGAUGCCACCACAUCAGCAGUCGCGCAGAUUAAAGAAAUCUCAUCAUCGAUGAUAACAGACUUCCUCAUCUCACCGGACUUACACGAGAAGCAAGCCACAAGACUAGCCAUACUACUUACCCUGGUCACUGGUUCCGCAAUUCUAGCGUUCGCUGCCGGUCUUUUUGGACCGGUUUGUUUUCCAGCUUGGGGCGUAGCGACAGAAGCCGAGCUCUUAGAAGAAGAGGUAGGAUCAGAUGCAAUCUUUCAGACGACAAUCAAAAUCAAUCACAACAAGAGAUCCCUCUCCAAGCGGUCUCUCGCAACGGACAGUCAACUUCCACUUGAGGCAGUCUACGAGAGCCAGAAAACACUUUCUAGCAAGCUGCAGGGCUUGGGAGGAAACUUUGGCGCUUCCUCGGCAACUGGAACCCCCGAUCUUCAAAAAAUGAAGGAAACGUUGCAUUACUUGACAAAAAAAAGCAUUUGGUCGGAUUUGGUUGUUAGCGUUCUUUCAGGAAAUGAAAAAAAGUUCGUCGAAAUCAAAAACAACUUGGUAUCUGGACAUGAAACCAACGAGGAACAGCGAUUAGUGAAGCGGUCUGCCCCACAAGAUAUCCCACCGGAUCAUUUUGCAACAUGGAAUGUCAUCAACGCUUACUUGACAAGCUUUUGUGAUCAUCUUAAAUCUGUGAUCGCGGUUACUUCGCAGAUCGGUGUUACUGCUCCAAUCUCUUCGGAUGAGGGGGUUUGGGGAAUAAUCCGAGGAGGCAAAUUCCUAUCUCCUAAUCCUAAUAUGUCUCAAAUUCAAGAUAAACUAAGAGAGACGAUGAGGCUGAGCGCCCUUGCCCAAGUCCUCAAAUCGAUGAAUGUAUUUGUGACAAUCGGGAGCGACAAGUGCAACAACAAAGGCCCCAAUGGAGCAUGGAAAGGAGACGACAAAUUAUCAUUUUGCAGUCCAGAAGGCUUGAUGAUGAAUUUAAUUCGAGCAUCGAGAGAUAAAUCCGUAAACAAAAUUGUCAACGCCCACCUCAUCACUGAAAAAUACGGGUAUACAGUCGAAUUUCUAGCCCAAUCAGCAUGGUCUUGUCAGGAGCACAAUCUGAAAAUUGCGGGAAGACCAAGCCCUGAGGGUCUCAAACCUGACAGUAAAGUCGGAUGCACAUUCGAUCUACCUGUUUGUGAUACGCGAAUUCCAGAGGUUGCCAAGUUGCGAAAGAAACACAAAUCAACUGUUGUGGCUUGUAGAAGGGGGCUAGCACUCAACAUCUAAAUCUACAUAAGCCAAUGAUCAUCGGAAACAGGAACGGACAAAUCGACCUGGAGCUUGAAUUUUGGGUCAACUGAUAGAUAUGGCAUUCAUUCUCCAUCAUUUUAUCUUGCACAUUGUGAUCCAAGCUUCCUAUAUCAUAUCACAAUGCUUACGAGAUCACAUCUCCUCUUAGUUCGACGCUGACAAAAUCUUUUCCAUUGGUUCGA